AUUAGACAACAUAAAACAAAGGCAAUCUCAAAACAUCAAUCAAGAAUACAUAAUAUCGGACUCUUUCCCGUGUAAAAGGCAGCUCUUUCAUCUUAUGGUUCCAAAGCUUACAAUAUUACGUCUGUCAGUAACAAAGACUUGUUUCAAAGGGAAAAAAUAUCCCUAUAAACUAAGGUAUAUGUAUGGAGAAAGAGUACAUUUAACCGUACCAGUUCUGUAAUAUAUUUGUAGUAGUAGGAACUCCGCGUUAAAUGUUACUCGUCCUGCUUGUAUAGAGCUCUGGGAUCCUUUAUCACGAAGCGAUAUUUGUUGGUUACCUAGAUAACUUGUCGGAUUGAAGGUACCCUAGCCGAGGCUACCUUAAAUCCGACAACCCAAAAAUCGAUCUUCGCCAUCCAGGCCCAAGCAGGAUAAACGCUGGCUUCCCUUUAUCGUUUAUCUUACGUCAGCUAUACUGAAGAGAAACCAGGUAGAUGCAUUUACAGCACGAAGGCCACAGGGGGCGCUCGAUCCCGUUGUAAGGAGAUGCAAUGAACAUAUUUCUGAUCAGCCAGUAGCACUGGCUACUCUGCCGCCUCCUUCAUGUUAAGGAGUACUAUUUAUUUUACUAUUUAUUUUUCUGUGCUGUUAGUAUCAAGGAAAACCACUGCGUAAGCAGUUCUGGUGCAAAAUGGGUAUAACCCUAAUUUGAUAUUUAUUCAUGAUUUAACUGUUUUAAAAAUAAGGAGUGAGUGGUGCAUCCCUGUGUGUGGGACGUGGGACUGGCAUCCUGUCAAGGAUGUACCUGUGCUGACCGAGUUAUGCUGCAGGUGACCCUGACCCAGGAUAAGCGUUUGGGGGGGAAAAAAAAACAAGCAUUUAGAAGGGAUGUGUGAGAGUAUACGAAAGUAUAUAUGAAAGUCUAUUAAAAAUGCACAAAUGCAAAAAAAAAAAUUCUGAAAUGCCAUAAAAUUCUCCAUUAAACUGUAAUUUUAUUUUGGAGUGGUGUUAUACGCCCAUUUCGUUAUAUGCAGUUUUUACGCAAACAGAGAAACUGUUAAGUGUCGUUCAGUGUCAUCGAAUGAACGUCUGAAGUCCGCGGCGCAGCACUGCGCCUCCUCUGCGACACGCGGCCGCGUUUGAGCCGCAGAAAACGUUCCGGCGUCCGUAUCAAAACACGCUUCAUACAAGCUUAACGCGAUGUAAAAAUGUAUUAUCCUAAAGGACAUAAAAAAUACAUUAACAUAACCUGUAAAAUAAUCACCGAUUUGAAGAAUGGGGAAAACAUGCACUUAUGACACAAUACCGCAAUUUCGGUUCGUUGUCUCAAACAUCUUUCAUGAAAUCGGGAUGACGGAGAAGGGCUCCAAAACAUCUACGGCCAAUCCCCACUCCUAUAGGCGCAAAUGAGCCCAAAAGGGGGAAAUAUGCUAAAUUCCGUGUUGUUGGUUAAAAUGUCUUUUUGAGAAGCCCAGCCUUCUCGGGUUUCGCCUACGUCAUCGUGCGCCCCUAUCCCCGCCCACUUUUUUUAAGUAACAAGCGAUGAAUGGUGAAAGGUGCCAUGCAGCUACGAUACAGUGGCCAGCCUUGGGAUGGGGGCAUGACAGGCUUGUGAUACAGCACAGUCACCUAGGAAGCAGCAUGUCCGCAUCCACCUGGUAGCGAUGCUCAAACCUUGCGCCUCAGUCCCCCUUCAGCCCGGUGGCCGAAGAAGCUGAUCAAUGUGACAUUACUUUCUAUGGUGUGCGCUCGGCUUAUUGUUCUGGUCCCAGACGCAGACCCAGCAAUCGUGUGAGAAGAUGUUGAGUCGUCUGAUGAGCGGCAGCAUCAGGAACCUGGAAAGAGAAUGCAAUUGUACCGUGAGGCUUCUGGACGAUACGGAAUAUACCUGCACGAUCCAGCGAGAUGCUAAAGGCCAGUACCUGUUUGACCUCAUCUGUCACCACCUGAACCUCCUGGAAAAGGACUACUUCGGCAUCAGAUAUGUGGACCCUGACAAGCAGAGGCACUGGUUGGAGUUCACCAAAUCCAUCGCCAAACAAAUGAAGUCCCAGCCCCCGUUCACCAUGUGUUUGCGUGUCAAGUUCUACCCACCGGAUCCUGCUGCCCUGAAAGAGGAAAUCACAAGGUAUCUCGUCUUCCUGCAGAUCAAGAGGGAUCUGUACCAUGGCCGCCUUUUGUGCAAGACGUCAGACGCCGCCAUGCUGGCCGCGUACAUUCUGCAAGCUGAGAUCGGAGACUAUGACCCCGGGAAGCACCCGGAAGGAUACAGCUCCAAGUUCCAGUUCUUCCCCAAGCACUCGGAGAAGCUGGAGCGGCGAAUUGCCGAAAUCCACAAAACGGAGUUGAUAGGGCAGACGCCUGAGACAUCAGAGCGGAAUUUCUUGCAGAAGGCGCAGAUGCUAGAGACCUAUGGAGUGGAUCCUCACCCAUGCAAGGUCAGCGCACAGGAUGUGUCUGGAAACCCCGCCUUCUUGGCCUUCACCCCUUUUGGGUUUGUGGUGCUUCAGGGGAACAAGAGAGUGCAUUUCCUCAAGUGGAACGAGGUGACCAAACUAAAGUUUGAAGGAAAGACAUUCCAUAUAUAUGCAAAUCAGAAGGAGGCAGAAUCACCCCUCACCCGGCUCUCCUGUGGGCAGGAUAAAAAGAUCAUCUUGACCUACUUUGCUCCCACGCCGGAGGCCUGCAAGCACUUGUGGAAGUGCGGUGUGGAGAAUCAAGCCUUCUACAAGUUGGAGAAGUCAAGCCAAGUGCGGACCGUCUCCAGCAGUAACCUUUUCUUUAAGGGGAGUCGAUUCCGAUACAGUGGGCGGGUUGCAAAAGAGGUGAUGGAGCAGAGUGCCAAGAUCAAGCGGGACCCUCCGGAGAUCCACAGAGCCGGCCUGGUGCCCAGUCGCAGCUGUCCGUCCAUCACCCAUGGGCCGCGGCUCAGCAGCGUGCCCAGAACACGCCGGAGAGCCGUGCACAUCUCCAUCAUGGAGGGUCUGGAGUCGCUGCGGGAUAGUGCCCACUCCACGCCGGUGCGCUCGGUGUCACACGGCGACUCCUUUGUGCCGCGGAUGCGCGGGAUGGCAAUGGACGGUGCCGACGGGUCGGCGGUCAUCGCCGACGACUCCUACAGCCCCUCCGAUAGCGUGCAGCCCACACCGACUGCGGAACACGGCCUGGAACUGGCCCCAUCACGCCAGAUCAACGGCGCCCCCUGCAGCAUCGAGGAGGAGAAGGAGUCAGAGGCAGGCACCCCCUCUGUGGGGGACAUGUCUGAGCUCGGGCCAGAUGGUAGAGUUCUAAACCCCUGGGCGCGCAAGGCUUCCUCCAAGGGCGAGACGGAACAGGUGAAUAAGUUUGUUUUAAGUGUCCUCCGCCUGCUCCUCGUGACCGUUGGACUCCUUUUUGUCUUGCUCCUCCUCCUCAUCAUCCUCACUGAGUCCGACCUCGACGUGGCGUUUCUGCGCGAUAUCCGGCAGACGCCCGAGUUCGAGCAGUUCCAUUACGAAUACUUUUGUCCCCUCAGACGAUGGUUUGCCUGCAAGCUCCGCUGGCUGGGCGGGCCGCUCGUUAAGUGAGCGCGAGGGAGGGGGACGUGCAGGCCCUCCCCCCCCCCAGCCUGGCCCACGAGGGGACUUUGGGAAGACGGUAUGUCAAGCGAGCAAAGGAGAGCAGCCUCAUUCUGGCACUGAACCCAGCAUCUCUCAUGAAACACCUACAGACUCUCGCCAUGGAUCCUCUCAAAAGACUCUGCACUUCCUGCUAUUUGCUUCCUAUUUAUUUCGGGCUUCUUUUUUUAAUUUUUAUCUUUUGACUUUUUUUAUAUAAUGCCAGAGAACUUUUUUUUUUUAUUUUCCUCUCCGGAAUUUCAGGUCAUUUCAGAUUUCAGGUAUUUUAUUUUUACAAAAAAUUGGGCAGGGGAGGGGGAGAAGCGACGUGAAAGAAUGGGUAUGCCUCACAUCGUCACACCGGCGAAAAAGGAGCGAGGCUUCUGCUGCGAACCAGCGGGGAAAAUGCCGUCAUUUUCCAUUAAGAAUCAUUGUAAUGUUGGCAUCAGAAAGAGAAUGAAUAUGUGACAGAAUCACCCUGAACUUGCCAAAUAUGAAACGAAAUGGUUCUUUAAUAAGUUCUAAGUUGUGAUACCGACAUCUAUGCCAGUUCUUUAAACACUAUAAUAUUUGCUUUCUUUAUGGUGGGGGGCUGUGGUACAGUAGGUGAGUGUAAACAAAGUGAGACUUAAGUGAACCUGUUUGAAAAGGUUGACUAAGCUGCAAGUAAGGUGAAGGUUUUUUUUUUAUCUGUUCAACAAAUCGUUAGUGGCAAGGAAGGUUGUUGCUAUCAUGGCAAAGGUAUUCAGUUCUGUAGAAAAUUCAGUUAGGUGUGAGCGUUAGUGAGCUCUGUUGCAGAGUUCUGUUUCUUAAUAAUUUAGUUUCUCAAAAAGUUAAAUAAAAUAGACAUCAUUGUGUUGUGUGACCUAGCAAUGUAAGUAAUUGAUUAGGGACGUGAUUAUGGUCGACCUCUUGAAAAAUCUCACUAGCUCCCAUAGGUCAAGCUAGAUGUGCUGUUUACUUUAUGAACAGUGUUAUUAUCUCAAGCUGAGAAUUUAAAACAAUUUUCACGUGUGCAUUUUUGCUGUAUUUUCAGUAAUUCUGUUCCAGUUUAUUUUAUUCCAAGUUCCAAGCUUUCGAGUAUUUUUUUUUUUAAUCACGCAAAAACAGUUAUUUGGGAGUUUAGUUCCGUAUCAGCUACGAUGUUUCUAAUUAUAGAAAGCACUAAAAUAUAGUAUGAAAAUAAUAACGCUGUACUUUUGUACCAAGUAGUUUGUUUCCUAAUAUAUUAACAGUUUUUCCAUGUAUAUUUUAAGAGAACCAAAAUGUUAUUUUGUUAUUAAAAAUUAAAUUAUACGUUUUUUAAGUCUGGAUUAGGUGAGGUGAAGCGUCUGUGGGAUAAAUGGCAGGGAAGACAGCUAAAACAGGGAUGGAUCCAGUCACGCUCCCCGAGACAUGGUUUCAAUGGUUUAGCAUGGUUUGUGUUUCCAUGCUACUCGACUUUCCUCCAUUCAUGUUGUGCUGUAAGUUGAUGGUGUUCUGUUCACGCGAACAGCGUAUCCCUUGUACGGUGAAUAAGGUCUUAAGGCUUGAGGAAGGACAUUGUGAUCAGUGUAGAUGAGUUCUGGCCCAACAGAGCUGAAGUGUCUGUCCGCCCAAAGGCAAUAAUUAUGCUGUUACACCCUGUGUAUUCUGGAUACAACCCUGUUUUAAUUUUAUAUUCCCUCCCCCAAGCACUGAUGUGUUUACCAGUUUGUGUGUGUCUGUGUGUGAGAGAGUGUGCAAAAAAAAAAACCAUGAUGAUGAAUGGUUCAUGAAGGAGUAACUGGAUGGUUUAUUUAAAAAAUAAAAUUAAUAUUUAAAUCAAGGUAAAUGUGCUAAAUACAGCCCCCCCCCCACCCCCGAAGAAGCUGACAGGACAUGAAAAGAUAAGGUUCUGUGUGCAUUGCCUGCUUGUAAUUCCCAUUAUGUACUGGGCUCCGCAAGAUGUCUGUGUACGAGUAGCGGUUUGCUAUUUGCAGUGACUGGAGUCUUCAGAGAGACCACCCAUUCACCAAGUCACUGUGAAAUACCGGUCUGGCAAACACUAUGCUUGGGAAAUUUGCUGGGAAUUGCUAAAUCUCUCAUGUUUAAUGCUGGUGCUGCGAGCAGAAAAUGCACACUAUCAGCCAGAAUCAAAAUCGGAAUCUCGACAAAGCAUGUGGAUUUGUUUGACACUCACGCAUGCAAGCUAGAAGCUCAGAGAAACCAAAAAUGAACAGCAGACUAUUUUUCAUGUAAACAUGAAUCUUUUUAUUUUUUGGUUAACUUGAAGGUAGUUUACCCUACAAAUAUAUUUUACGAGCACAUAAUUGUACAGACGGUUUUAAUAUUUUCUUUCUAAAAAGGAUGUCAGAUUUUUUUUUGUUGAUAAAAAAGCAGGCGAUUAAUAUGUCACUCUACUUGGUCUAAAGGGAUUUAAAAGGGGGAAGUGUUGUUAAUGAUCUUAUGAUGAUCGACAUUUUUACUGCUUUAAUAGCAUUAUGUAGCUAAAUCAGUCUUUCCAUGCGUGAAACAAACAGCAGCAUUAUUCAAUGAGCAAUAAUGGUUAAAAUAAAAAAAAUAUCAUAACAAUAAAAAUGUGACACGCGAUCUCAUAGGUCACUGGAUAUGGCUUCUGCAGUGACAGCUGCGGAUUGUAGGUCAUGGAUGCUUCUCUGUCAUUAGAGGUCGUCCUGUCAUUUCAUUUGUAAAUGGGUGAACCUCAAUAUAGCUGCUUAAAUUAAUUUUAUUUAAUGAUUUAUUUUGAUGUGUUUUUAUUUUCAUUGCUUGGCAUUUGUCUGGCGUUUUUAAAAAAAUAAUUUUUGCAUCGUUUCACAAAAGAGACGACACAGUUACAGACAUUUCACCAUAACCCAGACACUCGUUUGCAAUAAAUGGACCCUGACAUUAAUUUAUUCAGUUCACAAAGGAAAGUGAUAGUUACACUGUUACUUUGAAUAGUGUUUGAUCAUCCUUGAUAGUCGUGACCCUAAUAAUACCUGCUGUUUGUUAAACGAUUCUCAGUUUCUCUUGACACACCGUAAGUAGAGCACAAUGCGUAACCCCCCCCCCCCCGGCACGUGUGUACGUGCUUGCCUGUGUUUGCCUGAUGCUUUUUCUGCCUGAAUUUCAAUCUGAUUACCUUGGUUGCUGGGUGACCAGUGAGGGCUGUGGACAGUAAGCUGACUAGGUUCUGUUGACAGGUGGAUCAUUCCUUUCAACCAACUUGUUUCUGCAGCAGGUUAAGGAUAUAGACAUAUCACUGAAGGAGGAGCUUAACCUGACGUGGAGCAGGAAAAUGUUCUGUUGUAUAAAUGGUUAAUAAAUGUUGAUAUUGGAAGUUUGAUGUAUAUCAUUCAGAUGGCCAAUAGUCAAGGGUUCACUGUUCGACAGAAAUUGAUGUCUCAACUGUUAGCAUUCACCAAGAAAGCAUUACAGUGAUAUGUUGUUGAUGUAUUGAUGAUGUUAAUUAGGGUGCAGUUGUGGACACUGAGGAAUAUAUUGUCUCCUUAUACACAAAGAUAUUUAACGUGACGAGCAGGUACUGACCUAGGACAGAAACACCCAUACCUACGCACCAGAACCAGUAGCAGAAAUAACAGUGGUGGAUUCCAUUUGCCGUCAGUUCAAGAAGUGAGAUGGAUGGCUGAUUACUUCAGCAUGAUGAUCAAUGAUUAAAAAAUUGAUAAGGAUGAGCACAUAUCCAAGAAAGGCUAUGACAAAUGCCAGCAUUCAUUACGCAGCUCUGCGUUCUGGUUGCGGGGUGGUUGGAUCACAGUGUGUCACAGCCCCUCUGACCUCUAGGUGGAGCCCUAAUGUAGAAGAAAUAUGAUACGUGCACAGUGAUCCAAGUGGAAUCCUCCUUUAGAGGAGCUUCAAGUUGUCCUGCUGUUUUGUUUUUUGUUUUGUUUUUUUUUUCCCAGCCAGUGAAUGCUUAAAGAUUCAGUGAAGGCCCGGCCAGGCUGACCCUUGUGAAGAAUAGUGCUUUUAUCAUAUCAGCAUCUGCAAAGCAUACGGCACACUCGCGCUCACACACAUAAGCCGUCAAGUGUCAGCUGACGUGGCCGGGCUAUUCCUGUCAUCGACAAAACUUCAUCUUUUUAACGUGGGAUUGGAGAUUGCUGUUCAUGUACUUAAUGUAUAAAUAUAUACAUACAUAUAUAUAUAUACAAACUUGUGUGCCAAAUCCAGCUCCUGGUCAGUCCUAUUCAUUCCAAACCAUCUUUGUAUGGUAGGAAACCUUCCAUCCAUAUGAAACAGUAUGAGAUAUUGUUUCCUUCUGAUAGUCCCUUGUAACCGGUGCCAUAAGAAUAUAAAAAC